AUGGGAAUGACUGAAGAAGAAGACGACAGCGGCCUUUCCUCUUCUGGCGAAGAUGAUGCGACUAGGAGUAAUACGAAUGACGACAGUCCGGACAGCGACGAAGAUGACGAGAAAGAUCAGCAACCGGUCACUCGGUCCGGAUCCGGCAUGGAUUGGGCUGCGCUGCUGAAGCUUGCUGAGGAGGCCGAGGCCGAGCUGGAGGAGACGUAUUUGAGCCCCCUGCAACAUCACAUCAACCAGUUAGAGCGCGGAAAGGAGGUGCAAAAGCUUGGCUCGCUGCGCGCUUUGCCGGAAAUGAUUGAAGAGGAAGGAGAAGCUGCCAUUGAAGCGCUCCUGCCGGCUGUACAGAAAUGCCUUCGUGACGAAGCGGCUAAUUUGGAUGUGCAUUGUGAGGCAGCGGUCGUUUUUAAAAGCAUCCUUCAAAACUUGCGGCUCGUCCAAAAGCAUCCGGGUCUCAGCGAGAAGCUCCUCAAAAACAUCCUCGAAAACGUGCAGCAACAAAAGGAUAAUAUGAGCGCAGCUGCUUGGCUCGAAACGCUGGUGGAUAUUUCGGAUCGACUGGACUUGCAAGCUGUCAAGACUUAUAUCGUGCCCGUUGUGCAGCAACAAUCCGAGCCCACACAACGCAUCCAGCGUCGAAUCAUCGCCACCAAACUCCUCCACAAAUUGGCAACAAUUUUGCCGCAAACCGAGAUACGCAAAGAGCUGGGGACGGCCGUGCAGACGCUGUGCGAAGACGGAAACGCCAAUGUGAGGAGCGGAAUGGCGCAGAGGAUCACGCAAAUUGCAAAGAGUCUGAAGUGCGUUGAAUUUACAGCAUCGGAAUCGGUGUCCUUGGUGCUGCCCUGCUUGGUAUCGCUGGUCGGCGAUGAGGAGGCGCCGGUUCGAGAGGCCGCCCUGAAUGCAAUUGCUUCCUGCAUUCCCACCUUCACAAAAGAAGCCAAAAAGUCUACUGUGCUGCCACUUGUCAGGAAGUGCACCGACCAGGCGGUGACCAAAGCCGACGAGCAGCUCGCCAUCGUCGCAAAGAAUUUCGGCGAAUGGGCUUAUGAGCUGAGGGAGGUGAUGGACGCACUGGACCAGUCGUGGGUGCUGAACACGUAUCUCAGGAUGGUGUCGUGGGCACAGCCAAAAGACGGGAAGACAGCUCGAGAAAGUCUUCUCGGGACGCUUGUACGCCGGGCUUGUGCUUACAAUUUCCCGUGUCUCCUCGUCAUGUUCCCAAAAGCCUUCGAGCGGCUUCUCCCACUUCUGGAGGCUUUUUGCGGCGACUCCGAUGAUGAGGUCCGAGUGUCGAUAGCGGCCUCUUACCACGAGAUUGUCGCGCUCUACCCGACGAAACAGCAGCUCAUUCCCCCAUUUGUCGAGUUGGUCCGGAGUGGUGCUACGGAAGUCGUGUCCAAGGUAACUUUCAACCUGGGAAAAAUGCUGCCACUCCUCUACAAAUGCGCGCGACAAAAAGAAGAAGACGGUCCAAAAGUUUCGACGCAACAAUUGGACCGGAUAUUGAUUGGUUGCAAUGUUUUGUUGAGAAACAGCGGAGCCUGGCGCUCCCAUGAGGCCUACCUACAAGGUCUAUCCGUACUGCCCGAUGUUCUGACCUACCAUCAACUAUACGACACUUUUGUACCCAUCCUACAGAAGGAAGUGCUUACGGUGCGUGCGAACCCUUGCCGAAUUGCCGCCGUCUCUACCCUCCUUACCUUUAUGCGUGAACAUCCUGAACGAGAAAAGCGGGAAAAUGUCAUUGACUUCUUAAAGACAGAAAUCCUAACCCACGCCUCCUGCUACCGACGUGCCGUUUUUGUGGAUGUCGCCGAGUGUGUGCUAGGGAUGUUCUCAAGAAGAUUUUUCAAGCAGCACUUCCUCACCGAAACGCUGAGUUUGGCCCGCGAUGAGGUCGCCAAUAUUAGAUUACGGGUUGCCGGGCUUUUGCCGAGGAUCAAAGCGACAAUUGUGUUGCCGGAUGACGAUGAAUUAUUGAGACAGAUGGAAAAAACGGUGCGCGACAUGCUGACCACAGAUGGCUCGACGCAGACGAGAAGCUUCAUUCAAGGGGCAGCCUGCAGCCUAUCCCGUGCCGAAUCGGGUGCAAAAACGGACAAAGAAGACGAGAAACGGAUGGCCGAGGAAGAUCGUUUGUGGAACGACGAGUCGCGCAUCGUGGAGAAGAAUCCGCUGGGCAACAAGCCUCCGUCCGGUAUCCGCCCACCAACAACGAUCAAACCGCGUGAUCGUGACGACGAGACACCAUCUACGGCUUCGGCCACCUCACCGACUCCCCUCCAAACAUCCCCAUCCGGUUCGAGGCUGCCCUCGUCGUGGCGAACACAGCGAAGGGCCGUGGCUGUCGUACGCCCACAACCAAUUGUCGUUAUGAGAUCACCAUCGCCCGUUCCUUCCGCUGCAGAUAUGGCUCGGAAAUCUCGGUUGCCCCUCAGCACGGCAUAUUCCAGCUCGUCAUCGUUGGAUCGAGCGUCGCGGUCGUCCCUUUCGAAGCUCCCCACCUGCGGUUCUUCCUCUUCCCUCUCAUCAUCCCGAUCCUCAUCCGUCGAUAGAAGAGGCUCAAUCUCAUCCACCUCAUCCUCAGCCUCAUCCUCCCCCUCACUCUCUUCCCUCCCCAGUUCCAGCUACCGCUCUGGACUGCAAAGAUCAUCAACCAGCAGUGCGCUCGGCCCCGGAUCGUAUGCAUCGAUGUCAUCUGUUCAGCACUACCCGUUGAUGUCAUCGAGAUCGAUGUCCCAAAUCCGCCGACCGCUCUACGGCCUCACCAAGGUCUCAUCCUCAUCUUCCAUCGAGCGGAAACCCCCUCAAAUGCGAAUGUCCAUCAGGACAUCUUCA